AGAGAGGAAUCAAAGACGACGACGAAGACGCCCCAAACACGGCGUGCACGGCCAGCCGAAGAGAAAAAAAAAAACAAAUGUCCGGCCGCGCGCCAAGGCUGGCGAGAAUGUACUCGACUGUCCUGCACAAUGCCGUCGACGACAAGCCUUCCUCCCCGGUAGUGGUCCCUUCCUCCGUCGCCGCCUCGUCGGUCGCGUUGAUGUCGCGCCGGUGCAGGCCGUCCUCGCUCGAGGCCCUGGCCACGGACGUUAUCGUGGCUCGGGUGCUGCCGGCGCUAGAGCGCGUCGUGCUGGCUCAAGCCGACGGGAGCUGUGUGGACGACGCGCUGCCCGAGGGCCGCAACCCGUUCGCGACCUGCAAGCCGGCCAUCAUCGAGUCGCUGAUCGAGAAGUUGCAGAAGAAGCGCGGCCACCUCAACCUGACCAGCCUGCAGUUCGAGAUACUGCUGUGCCGCGCGGGAGUCAAGAAGCUCGACCUCUUCCUCACCUCCGAGUUCCUGGCGCGAAAGGACGCACUGAGGUUCCCCCGCAUGUUCCGGCGCAUCAGCACGUUCGGCGCCGAGCUGACGGACCUGUCGCUCGAGUUCUACCUGACCUGCAACAACGACGAGCUGUGCGCCAUGCUGGCGACGCUGCCCAACCUGCGGCACUUCUUGGUCGCCUUCGAGAACCUCUCGGACCGCGUGCUCGAGACGCUGGGGGACAAGUGCCCGCAGCUGCAGAAGCUCACGCUCUGCGAGACACCCCAGGUAACCGACGCCGGUCUUCGGUCCCUGGUCGACGAAACCGGAACCAGAGGCUGCCGGCACCUGGUGUACAUCUCGAUAGAGGGCGCACCAGUCGGCGUCACUGUCAGAAGCGUCGUGUACCUCCUCGAGAAGCUGCCCCACCUGGAGGCCAUCCACCUGCCCUCGCUGGACAAGGCGCUCGUGGUGCUCAACGAAAUCAAGCCUCCGGACUUCAAGCUGGCCUUGCGCGAGUACAAGGACGUGAACGUGUUCAGCGUGCAGACCUCGGUGCGGCCCACCAUGCGCGAGUUCCUCGCCAAGAGCAUCGAGCUCUGCCCCCGACUGCAGGCCAUCGACAUCGAGGUCAAGACCUCGGACGACAUCUCGCCGCUCAGGCUGCUGGUCGGCCUGACUGAGCUGUCCAUCCGGACGGCGGAGUCCACCUCCGAGUGGUUCUUCUACACGCAGCUGGAACCGGUCCUCCAGGAAGCCGGACUCAGACUGACCUCGUUGAAGCUGGUCAUGCCUGACGUCGACUUGGCCGCAGUGGACGCGGCCUGUCCGAGCAUCAAGACGCUGCAGCUGAUCGCCAUCAACAUGUGCUGGAAGCGCAACGGCGUCAAGGUCAGGGACCAGCCGUUCGGCGAGCUCGAGGCACUGUUCCUCGACCCCGAGAGCCCGCACUCCAUGAAGCCGCGAGACCUGGGCCUGCUCUUCAACGGGUCGUACGCCCUCAAGGAGCUCGUGCUCGGCUGCUGCGACAGCUUCGACGACGUGUUCGUCAUGGAGGCACUGCAGAGGGGGCUCUUCAGGCACCUGACGCGUCUCGAGCUGCACAACCAGCGCAAGGUGGGCAUCCUGGGCAUCCAGCAGCUGGUGCUGCUCGACGAAGUCCUCGAGUCACUCACGCUCAAGGACUGCACGGCGCUGAGCGCGGACGACCUCGCCUUCCUCACCGGAUCGGCGUGCGCGCUCAACUUCCAGCUCAAGGUGCAGACGUGAUGUGUCCGAACGCGGUGUUCAAAGAGUGAGCAAGCAGUGCAGGUUACGUGCGACCGCUAGGCCUCGGUUAAGCCGCGGCUGACUGGUGAACGCUUCCGUUUUCGCUGCACUAGCUUGUGGGUGGUUGCCGUGCUCGAGGAACGAAUGUGACCGACAGUGAACGUACUUUUUUUUUCUCGCGCGUACUGGAACAACGAACAAAACGCGACUUGGAAUGUGGGCGGGUCUGACCAGUGUUUUGGCACGAAGAGUGUCACUCAGUGUCUGCAGGUAGCCGGCCGGCUUCUCGUUUCGUUUACACGAGACAACACUUCAAAUCUCUUGAACAUAAAAUGCUGCAGGAGGUCUUGAAUUGCCACAGCUUAGGUCCCGAGGAACAACGGAGGCCCAAGACUUUUGGACGAAAGGGCAAGGUAAUUGGGCUGUGGUCAGAAGCGACUCACAAAGUAACGUGAUCGCAGGCUGAACUAUUAGUUUCCGGGCCUUGCGCAUAUCCAAGGCUGUGUGUUGAGAUGGAGUGCAGCUGCUACCACGCAUGGCUAUCGUAGCACCUAUAUGCACACGUUGAGCAUGUUUUUUUUUUCAUUGCUUCUUUGCCUAAAUGUGAAUAAAGGUGUUUACAGUCAA